UAGCCAAUUACCAGGAGAUGCGAGCUUUGCUGACUUCUUCCGUUGCUGCCUCCUCUUUUGAAAAUGGUCAAGCUGGACAUCCACACCUUGGCCCACCACCUGAAGCAGGAGCGGCUCUACGUGAACUCGGAGAAGCAGCUGAUCCAGAGGCUGAACGCCGAGGUGCUGAAGACGGCCGAGAAGCUGUACCACACAGCGUGGAUCUCCAAGCAGCAGAGAAUCAACUUGGACCGAUUAAUCAUAACCAGCGCGGAUGCCUCGCCCGCGGAGUGUUGCCAGCACGCCAAAGUGCUGGAGGACACGCAGUUUGUGGACGGCUACAAGCAGCUGGGCUUCCAAGAGACGGCCUACGGCGAGUUCCUCCACCGGCUGCGCGAGAACCCUCGCCUGAUCGCCUCCUGCCUGGUGGCCGGCGAGAAGCUAAGCCAGGAGAGCAUCCAGAGCGUCAUCCACACUGUCUUCACCUCCCUCUACGGCAACUGCAUCAUGGCCGAGGACGAGAGCUUCCUCCUCCAGGUCCUGCGCUACCUGAUCGAGUUCGAGCUGAAGGAGAGCGAGAACCCCCGGCGGCUGCUGAGGCGGGGCACCUGCGCCUUCAGCAUCCUCUUCAAGCUCUUCUCCGAGGGCCUCUUCUCCGCCAAGCUCUUCCUGACAGCCACCUUGCACGAGCCCAUCAUGCAGCUGCUGGUGGAGGACGAAGACCACCUGGAGACCGAGGCCCACAAGCUCAUCGAGCGCUUCUCGCCCGCCCAGCAGGAGAAGCUCUUCGGGGAGAAGGGGUCGGAGCGGUUCCGCCAGAGGGUCCAGGAGAUGGUGGAGACCAACGAGGCCAAGCUGGUGGCCCUGGUCAACAAAUUCAUUGGUUACCUCAAGCAGAACACCUACUGCUUCCCGUACAGCUUGAGGUGGAUCAUGUCCCAGAUGUAUAAGACGCUCUCCUGCGUGGAGCGGCUGGAGGUGGGUGAGGUCAGGGCCAUGUGCACGGACCUCCUCUUGGCCUGCUUCAUCUGCCCAGCGGUGGUCAACCCCGAACAGUAUGGGAUUAUUUCAGAUGCGCCCAUCAACGAAGUGGCAAGGUUUAACCUGAUGCAGGUUGGGAGGCUUCUGCAGCAACUAGCUAUGAUUGGUUCCGAAGACGGAGAUCCCCGCACCAAGGCCAACCUGGGGAAGUUUGACAAGGGCUGUGUGGCUUCGUUCCUGGAUGUGGUCAUUGGCGGUCGGGCGGUAGAAACCCCGCCGAUGUCUUCCGUUAAUCUCCUGGAAGGGCUGAGUCGAACGGUGGUUUAUAUGACCUACAGCCAACUUACUACCCUGGUUAGCUUUAUGCGAAACGUCAUGUCCGGCGAUCAGCUCAAGGAAGACCGCAUGGCUCUCGAAAACCUGCUCUUAAAUCUACCCCAGAACAAGCCGGGGAAAAGUGGGAGCCAGGAGUUGACGCCUUACAACACCCCGCAGCUCUCGCCUGCAACGACGCCAGCCAGCAAAAAAAAUCGAUUGGCCAUCGGACAACAAUUGGCUACCAUCGCUGCCUGGGAUACUUCUUCUACCAACCUCACAGCUCAUAUAAAUCUCGUAACCCCUUUUGCCACGCGCAGUAGGAGCCGUUCCAAUAUUCAGAUGGACCAACAUCCAGAUUAUGAGGGAUUCUCCCAAGAGACCAUACAGGAAGUCCAACCGGAAGAAGUUUUGGUCAUUUCUCUUGGGACUGGUCCACAAAUCACGCCUGGAAUGAUGUCAGAAAAUGAGGUUUUAAACAUGCAGCUGGCUGAUGGGAGUCAAGGCGAAGUUCCUGUUGACGAUUCCAAACUCCACGGUAAACCUGAUAAAACCCUGAGGUUUUCCCUCUGCAGUGAUAAUCUGGAAGGCAUAUCCGAAGGCCCUUCUAAUCGCUCCAAUUCGGUGUCCUCGCUGGAUUUAGAAGGGGAAUCCGUUUCAGAAUCGGGGGCUGGCCCAUCAGAAAGUAACGGAGUGGAGGCCUUGCAGCUUCUGGAGCGUGAACAAGCUACUACCCAGGACAAUCUGGACGAUAAGCUCCGCAAAUUUGAGAUCCGCGACAUGAUGGGCUUGACCGAAGACCGGGACAUCUCGGAAACCGUGAGCGAGACCUGGAGCACGGACGUGCUGGGGAGUGACUUCGACCCCAAUAUCGAUGAAGACCGUUUGCAGGAGAUCACAGGGGCCGCCGCCGAAAACGUCUUGGGCAACCUGCUGUGUCUGCCCGGUUCCAGCUCGGUGCUGUUUGACCCCUGCACAGGCUCCACCAUCUCAGAAACCACCAGCGAAGCGUGGAGCGUGGAGGUCCUGCCAAGUGACUCAGAGGCUCCAGACCUGAAGCAGGAAGAAAGGCUGCAAGAAUUGGAGAGCUGCUCGGGGGUAGGAAGCGCCUCCGACGAUACCGAUGUGAGGGAAGUCAGUUCCCGGCCCAGCACACCUGGCCUCAGUGUGGUCUCAGGGAUUAGCGCGACGUCCGAAGACAUCCCGAACAAGAUAGAGGAUCUCCGGUCGGAGUGCAGCUCCGACUUCGGUGGGAAAGAUUCGGUCACCAGCCCCGACAUGGACGAAACGGUGCACGGCGCCAGCCACUUGACCUCUCCUCCCUGCCCAGCAGACUCCCUUCUCGCCAUGUUCGACCCCUUGGUGUCUCAUGAAGUGGUCAGGCCCAAAGUCCACUACGCCCGGCCGUCUCACCCGCCACCGGACCCCCCCAUCUUGGAAGGCAGCCUGGGCGGCAGCGACGCCCGCCUGCCCAACUUCACCUCCCACAUGGCCCUGCUCUUCGACGCGGAGACCUUCAAGCAGCGCUACUCCUACCCGGAAAGGCUGGUGCGCAGCAGGAGCUCCGACAUCGUCUCGUCCGCACGGAGGCCCAUGAGCGAUCCCGGCUGGAACAGGCGAGCGGGAAACGAGGAGCGGGAACUUCCAGGGCCCGGGGGCAACAUCGGAGGGGGAGCGGCGAUCGCCGGGCUGCAGUCUUCGUCGUCGUCUCCGAGCAAAGAUUCCUGCAGGGGAGAGAUUGAAGACCGGAAAGACAGCGAUGAUGAGAAAUCUGACAGAAACAAACCCUGGUGGAGGAAGCGUUUCGUUUCAGCCAUGCCCAAAGCUCCAAUUCCAUUUAGAAAAAAAGAAAAGCAAGACAAGGAGAAGGAUGACUUCAUGCCUGACCGGUUUCCCUCUCUUCAAGGUUUGUAGGGGUCGCAGCGGUUCUUGUAGCCCCGUUCUUGCUAACCUCCUGUCACUUCACAAGUAGCCCUCUAAUGACAAGCCUGCCCAUUACGGCGUUCAGUUGUAACGGUCAUAAAAGACCUCAGUCAUGUCAUGUUAUUCUGCUGUAUAGUGCAGUGU